AAAAAAUCGUCAACAGAUCUACGACUGUAGCCUGCAUGACAAUGUCUGGCAGCCAGUGUUGUGGGAGUGUGAGACGGGAGCUGCAGAGAAAGUACUUUGGUUUUACAGAGGCCCAUCCAGCCCGCUUCUGCUUUUGGCAGUGGAGAGUUCCUCCCCUUGCAAUACUCUUGUACCGUUUCUGUGUGGCGGCCUACACAAUGUUCUGGGUGAUUUACAUAUCGAGAAAUACUCUAGACACGAAGAUCCAAGAACAUUCCAUCUCCAUUAUGGCGUUUCUGACCACGUGGACGUACAUUGUACUCACCGUUUAUCUCGUUCUUCACUUCAUUAUCACCUGCAUUCAUUUCCUGAAAUCUGAGCUUGGCCUCUUGCGACGGCUGACGAGUGAGAACCAUCGCCGGUUGUUCCACGAGCUCCAGGUUCAGCCGAGUCUGUGGGGGAACCAGGAAUACGAGUAUGUGCCGGGAACCGCAGAUGGCACGGAUGUCGAGCUGGUCAUCACAUACUCCCCCAACCUGUUGUCGAAAAUCGUUUGGAUUUUAUACAACAUAGCGUCGUCUGCAUCAAUUAUGGUAACGAUCCUGUUUUGGGCAUUGCUGUUCCCGUAUUUACCAAAGGAGGGCGACAAGUACUUGCUUUUCAACAUUCAACUGCACGCAGUCACGUCCGUGAUCGUGAUCCUGGAGCACAGCCUCUCUGCUAUACCAAUCAGGCUACAACACGCCAUCUUCACGCUGAUCUACGGCCUGUGUUACUUGACCUUUGCCGGUAUCAUGUAUGCCGUCCAUCACAGUAACAUCUUUUACCCAGGAGUCUUGGACUUCAGUCAGCCCAGUCGCACGGCAGUGAUGUGCGUAGUGGUCGUCUUUGUGGUGUUGCCCCUGAUUCAGCUCUUCUUGUUUGGCAUUUACAAGUUCCGUAUGUGGCUAUUUGAUACCUGCAACCCAGAGGAGUUGUAAUGGUUUUCCAAAGUUAUUGCCCUUUGUUCAUGUGUUAAUGUGGUUUCAAUGUCUUUUUUUCCUUUGAGAUUAUUAUAUACAUGUGUAUAAGUAAAAUGGGUAAAAAAAAGUGCUAUUGUUAACAUGUUUAAAUUUCUUUAAGGAGGUAUUGUAGCAGUUGUACAGAGGUAACCAGAAGAUAAUAUUAUGAGAAAUUAAUGAAUUUGUGUUGAUUGUACAUUUAAUACACAGAGGAAAAAGUGCCUCUUAACAAAGUUAUUGACAUUUGUUUAUGUUAUUGUGCUCUCUAUAAUUCCUUCAAGGGGUUUGCAAAAUUUGCAAAAAAUUUACUUGCCCUCAUUGUUUAAGUAAAAAAUAAUUGUUCUAAAGCUAUUGUGCCCCAUUUUGAAAAUUAUUUAAAACUGAGAUUUCUUUACAAAUAUCAAAUUGUGGCUUGGUAAUGUCUGGAUAGGUAUAAACAUAUACUCCUUGAUUGGGGUUAAAAAAAGGAUCAUUUCAUUUUGGAAAUUCCCAUACACAUUUUUUUCCCGUUUUUUUUUAACUUAUCAAAGAUCUACAGAGAAAAUCAAGGGUAAGUAAGGAUUGCAAAAAGUUACAACUCUUUUUCAAUUCAAUGUUUUUGGAGUUAUUGUCCAUGGCUUUUUAGCUCACCUGAGCACAACGUGUGAACCAAAUGACCCAAAACCCUUUGUAUUAGUUUGUAUAAUUUUUGCUCUUUAUUGCCCUUUGUUUAGUUAUUUGUGAAUAGCAUACACUAUUAAUAUGAGUAUUAAUUUUGUGAAAUGAAAAUUCAUCCCUCAAUAGCCUAAAUUAUGAUUUCGGUUUUUCAAUACAUAAAGAAAACUUUUUUUCUUCUCCCUAUUUCUCCUACAUUAAAGGUCAAUAUAACCCUUUUGGGUCUAAACAUUUUUUCAGAGCAUUUAGCACUUAACAGUGACAGCACCUGUUUUACAAUGUUUUUUUCUGUAAUACUAAGCGUAGAAAAGUUUGAUUGGUAGCAUACACAUGGGCCGUGCUAUGUGAAAAGGGGGUUUAAUGCAUGUGGCUGUGCGUAAAGUGUUGCCUCAUAUUUGCAUGUGUAGUCUGCACAGGCUAAUCAGGGACCACACUUUCCCCAUUUGUGAUAUUUUUCUUUUUAAAACAGUCUUUUGGCAAAAAUCAAGUUUAGACGGAAAGUGUCAUCCCUGACUGCACAGGCUAAUCUGGGACAAUACUUUGGGAAAUUGUGCACGUGCAUAUGACCCCCUUUUCACAGAAUGUGUCUCAUAUAAUUAUGCCCCCCUUCGAAGUAGAGGGGGUAUAUUGCUUUGCUCAUGUCGGUCGGUCGGUCGGUCUGUCCGUCCACCAGGUGGUUGUCAGACGAUAACUCAAGAACGCUUAGGCCUAGGAUCAUGAAACUUCAUAGGUACAUCGAUCAUGACUCACAGAUGACCCCUAUUGAUUUUGAGGUCACUAGGUCGAAGGUCAAGGUCACUGUGACCCAAAAUAGUAAAAUGGUUUCCAGAUGAUAAUUCAAGAACGCUUAUGCCUAGGAUCAUGAAACUUCAUAGGUAGAUUGAUCAUGACUAGCAGAUGACCCCUAUUGAUUUUCAGGUCACUAGGUCAAAGGUCAAGGUCACGGUGAUCUGAAAUAGUAAAAUGGUUUCCGGAUGAUAAUUCAAGAACCCUUAUGCCUAGGAUCAUGAAACUUGAUAGGUAGAUUGAUCAUGACUAGCAGAUGACCCCUAUUGAUUUUCAGGUCACUAGGUCAAAGGUCAAGGUCACGGUGACCCGAAAUAGUAAAAUGGUUUCCGGAUGAUAACUCAAGAACGCUUAUGCCUAGCUUGGAUCAUGAAACUUGAUAGGUACAUUGAUCAUGACUGGCAGAUGACCCCUAUUGAUUUUCAGGUCACUAGGUCAAAGGUCAAGGUCACAGUGACCCGAAAUAGUAAAAUGGUUUCCUGAUGAUAACUCAGGAAAGCUUAUGGCUAGGAUCAUGAAACUUCAUAGGUACAUUGAUCAUGACUCGCAGAUGACCCCUAUUGAUUUUCAGGUCACUAGGUCAAAGGUCAAGGUCACAGUGACAAAAAACAUAUUUACAAAAUGGCUGUCACUACAACUUAGAGCCCAUAUGGGGGGCAUGCAUGUUUUACAAACAGCCCUUGUUAGUUUGUCUGAUGUUGAUGUCUCCAGUCUUCAAAUCAGAAUAUGGAAUCUUGUUUUUUGCAAUAACCCGGUGUAUUAAUUGUGUGUUCUAUUUUAUAAAAUUGUAUAUAUCUUUUAUGUUAGGUUGUAAAUAUAAUUUUGUCUGAAAGUCAAA